AAAUAUCUGUGGAAUGAAUUACUCGAAUUUGUUAAUUACAGUCGCCAUAUUGAUAUAUUCAGAAGACGCGGUUUUUUUAAAUUUGCGAAGUAUAAUUCUUUAGAUUUUGAAGUUUAGAAAAAUGCGAAAAUAUAUUUAUCUUCAUUCAGAAUAUAAGGUACAAUAUUGUAUCCAUCUAACUUUAUUUGUGAAGCGUGUGUACACUAAUGCAGACUUUAAAAUAAAAUAUAAAGAAAUAUAGGACAAAUAUAGGAUGAAAAAAUAAAAGAAGUGCAAAUAUUUGCAAAGAGUUAAAAGUGACAAAUUGUAAGUUAUGUUUUCAAGUAAUAUAUUUUUUACCUUCUUACAGACAUGAACCUUAAAUUACCAAUGCACGAUGCACUCAAACCAAUAGCUUGGUUAAGAGGUACAUGGAAAACUGAAAAACCUGCUUCUGGAAAGUAUCCAACAAUUAAAUCUUUUAAGUAUGAUGAAGAAAUGAGUUUCAGGUCAAUAGGUCAACCAAUGUUAAAUUAUACUGCAAGAAGUUGGUAUGCAGAUAACAAAAAGCCAAUACAUUAUGAAAUGGGUUUUUUGAGAAUAGUACCUGAUACAAAUAAAGUGGCCCUAUUAUUGUCACAUAAUCGUGGUCUUGUAACCAUCGAAGAAGGCAUAGUUGAAGACAAAAUUGUAAGAUUAGAAACAAUCAGCAUACAGGUACCGACAGAAGGAGCAAGGGUGCCUAAGGUUACCAAGUUGCGAAGAGAAUUUAGACUGAUUGACAACUGCUUGCAACAUAAAUUAUGUUUGGCUACUGAAACUACACCAGAACUACAUGAUCAUUUAUUAGCAAAGUAUAUUAAGGAAUGUGAAAAUGCUUCUUAACAUGAAAAUUACAAAUAAAUAUAAUUUUAGGAACGUCUUAAAUUCUUUUAUAGUCUAUGUUUACAUAUUUCAGUAAAUUCCAUCAAUCAACAAUGUCAAUUGUAAACAUUUGCAUUUAUUCCAUAUGGAAAUAAAAACAUAUUUCAUAAAAUAAACAAUAUGUAACAAAAGAAUACACACACACAAGCAUAUUGUUAUACAUAAUUCGGAAGAAACUAAUUUGCAAUUGUUAUGCUUCUAUCUCAAAAUUGAUUAUGUUAAAGUUGCAAAAAGGUUUUAUCUUAGGUUAGUCUACAAAAAUACGUGAAAAAUACAUAAAAUGUAUU